AUGAAUUCUGUAAUCGAAUUACUUCAGCUCCUUUAAAACAAUAUAUUUAAUAUUCUUGCUUCGAUUCCUUCAAUUUAAGAUAAACCAAGAGGAUAGCAUACUGAAUUAUAAAUAAAUUAAGAAUUUGGAUAAGUUUUAUAUUUCAUAAGAUCAUUUGGAGAGUCUUAUUUUUUAAGAGGUAUUUCACCAAUUCCAAAUGGGAGAAAUAUAAAGUCAUAUAGAGUAGAUAUUAGAAUUUUAGAUUAUAUCUAUUAAGUGCCGAUGUUAUAUAAUUAUAUUGAUGUGUUACUAUUUUAUAGUUGUAUCUUUAGUAAUGAAAGCUAUAAGUUUACUCUACUUGAUUUAUUAAAUGAAUUAAAUAGUAUUAAUAAAAUGGGUAUUUGGUAAUAUGAGAAAUAAUCCUUAGAAAAUGAAUAGUAAUUGAUUUUAAUUGAUUGA